AACCGUCAACUUUCACUCAACUGAUUUUCAAAGAUCUUCACUAUGGAGCGAGUUCAAUUCCAACAAGAGCAGAUGCUCGAUGAGCUCAAAGAUCUUGUCGACAAGAAAGUAUUUACAGUUGCUGAAACGAAACAAAUAAUGAAGCAGCGGUCGAUACAUGAAGCCACCCUUGUUCGUCGCGUUGCGAAAAAAUCUGACUUUUUACGGUAUGCAUCGUACGAGAUGGGUUUAGAACAUUUACGAAGAAAAAGAGUGGAGCGUCUAAGUAUGUGUCGAGUACAGAUGGAUAACCUAUCAAUGCUGAACGUUACUUCAGAAAUCCCGAAAACACCUGUCACCGUCUCGGAUUUCGCGCUCGUACGCCGACAAUUCCAUAUCUUUGAACGGGCACUGAAGAGGUUCAAAUCAGAUGUCGGUCUCUGGAUUGAAUACAUCCAGCUUGCCAAGAAGGAAGGUGCACGCUCUUUGGUGGGAAGAAUAACUGCACGUGCCCUACAAUUACACCCUAAUGUCCCCUCGCUCUACAUCCUUGCCGCUUCACAUGAGUUAGCUCACCUUUCUCCUUCGACUGCACGAACGCUCCUUCAACGCGGAAUCAGACUUAAUUCAAGCAAUGUUGAGAUGUGGACAGAGUAUCUCAAGAUGGAGCUGGGCUUUAUUGAGAGUCUCAGACGAAGAUGGGAUGUGCUAGGGAUCACCAGAGAGGGGACGGGUGUUUCGCAAAAUGUCAAAAACAUCGUGUCGGAAAAGGAUCAGUUUUUGGAUGUGGAUAUGGAUGAAGGCACGACAACGGCGGGAAUCGAAAAAGCCAGGGACGCUGAGUUAGAAAGACUAGAUCAAGAGGGAGACGAAGGGACAGCAGCUAGAAAACAGAUCCUUGAUGGCGUGAUAGUAAAAGCUGUUAUGGACAGUGCUGUACAAGCUUUGCCACAGAUUGAACUCUUUGAAUCAUUCAACCGGCUGAUUACCAUAUAUCCCUCAAGUCCGACCUUACGGGAAUCUCUUAUCGAGCAUUUCGAUGCUCUGCUCCGGUCAACGCUACCUCAACAUCCGCGUGCAAUUGAAAUUCUCUACACGCGUCUGCUGACGUCUGCUUCGGACUCAGCAUCACAGGCUUCCUCAUCAUCCAAUCCAAGUGUCGAAAAUCUUCGAGGGCGAGCCCUUGUUGAGGGGGUUCGCCGUGCUAAUGAGAUGCUGAUUUCAAUCAUGUCAGACACACAGGAGGAAUCAGUUCGUCAAGUGUAUGCUCAGUUUGCCCUGGAAUGGUGUCAGAAAGACUCCAGGAUCAAUCUGGACGAGAAUCUGAAACUCUAUGUGAUAUCAUCAUUGCAGGCACUGAUCCACCGGCAAAAGUCGAGUUCGCCAUCCUUGUUGUGCGCUCACAUCAAGCUGGUGACAGAGGCCGCUCAAAGAGGGACAGUUGAACCUGCCAAGGCUUUGGACACGGCAAAGAGGUAUACAUCCAGAGUUCCCGAAUCCGCGUCCGUGUGGAUAGCCCGGCUAACGGCAAUGAAAGCAUUGGAUGAGAAUAUCGACGCCGUAUGGCGUGAGGCCAGGCGAUCAGUAUCCCCAAAGGAUGAAAACUUUGCGCAUGUGUGGACGUGGGGUAUAUCAGAAGACAUGGUGCACGAUGAACGGUUGAGAGUCUAUGAGGUUCUUCUAAAUGAAAGUGUAGGCGACUCUUCGCUACAAGAACACCUGCUUUUGGGGUAUGUUGCCGCUCUUAUGGUAAGCCGUAGCACACCGGUAUCCGGAGAUGACUCGGAUCAGGUUGCGAACAAGUCGGCGAAGGCGUUGAACUUGCAAAAGUUACGCCAUAUGCAGGGCCGAUUUCUUAAUACCGGAAAAGUAUGGCAAAAGAUGUUUCAUCUGGAAGCGGAGGAAAAUGGGAGUGCAAUUGUGCUCGAGGAACUAUAUGAAUUGUGGCGAACAGCGAACGUGGUGGAAGCGACGAUUGCAUGGGCGGAGUGGCUAUUAAAGAAUGGGAAAGGCAAAGAAGCGAGUGUAUUGAUUGUGAGAUCAAAAGGCUCGGUAGGGCAAAAGGAGCAGGAGGAAAUGGAGACACAAUGGGUGAGAAUAAUGGGGUAAAUUAGUUGCGCAAGAUAAGAGUUCAAACGGCUGUGCUAUGUACUUCCAAUAUACCGUUUCUACAAUGAAGUGAGAAAAGUAUCAGAUAGCGAAUCAACGUGUGUUUUGUUUGGGUUUGACAUGAUAGCGCAUGGUCGAGAACCGCUC